GUUCACGUGUACUGCGCUCUCGGGGACUACGUCUCGCCAUUGGAAUUGCUGGCAGGUGAGUGCGCUCAGCUGACCAAGCAGUGCUCAAAGGACCUGGUCGAGGCGCCAUUACUCCAGUGCCUGCUGGUUCGAAAGCUGUUCUUCUUCUUGUUCCGCUGCUUCGAGCUGAGAUCCUUUCCCUUAGAACCCAAGGAUGGCAUGGGCCUGGUCCAGCCCAGCCCAACUGCCAUCAUCGACCUGAUUGACAGCAUUUUCAAGACUGCCGAUCCAUCGAAGGCUCCUCCGAUGUUCUUGCGCUUGCUGCGCUUGUCCCCGCUGGGGCUUUUCCGCAUGCUGUCCGUGCUCUUUACCUCUCCCUCGGCAAGUCGUGCUAUCCAGGACUCAGCCGGCAAGCGUGUGGGGCAGGAGCAACUCAGCUUGAACUCCCUCUUUCGGCUGAUUCAGUCCUCGCUGGAAGCGGCCAAAAAGGAGGACAGCACGCUUGCACACUCACAGAAGGAGUUUCUGUGGUUUGUUGCCAGAUCGCUUCCCCGGGCCAAAACCCAGCUCACGAUCGAGGAGGUCAUGCAGGUGGUAGAUCAUUUGCUGGCGUGGCCGGUGAAAGGUGCCAGGCGCGAAGUGGAGCAGAUGCUCAUUGGCGUGCUGGCCAGCCAGGAAUGCUUCGACGGGCGGGCACACGCGAUGGUGAUCAGCAAGGCAGGCGGCUUUUGGGGCCUGGCCUCGUGGCUCCACGAGAGGAACGGCGAUCUUGGGCGAGCAUUGGAUUGCAGGCUGCAGGAUCCAGAACUCAGAGAGCAGAUCUUCGAGUUCAUCAUCACCAAGCUUGCAGAGGAUGCGAACUUUGCCCUCAUCGAAGCAGCCCUCCAGCGGCUUCAGGCCCUGGUGGAGGUUGACAGUGAGCGCUGCUCGCUCAUGCUUUGCGAGCAGUUUGCGAAUGUGCCUGAUCACUCCCAAGUGCUCGAAGGCUUGCAGGCAUAUCCUCAGAUGGAGAUGCGCUACCUGGAGUCCCUGCUGCGGCGCGGCAGUGCUGCUGAGCGCCAGACUUUCUUCAACCAGUACGUGGUGCGCUACAUUGACUUGCUUUGCCAGCACUGCCCCUCUGCGGUGCUGCCCUUCAUUUUGGAGAACGAGGCCUUGCCGCUGAGGGAGUGCUUGGAUUUGUGCGGCAGGUAUCGCGUCACAGAUGCCUCAGUGCAUUUGCUGGAACGCACCGGUGACUUUGCUGGCGUCCUCCAGCCUGGCACUUGUAGGGCUUCCGGCUGGGUGCGGCGGCGGCCGGAGCCACGGCCAGCGCUGCAGGUCGCCUGCGAGACGGACCCGGCGGCACUGGGGGCGGCACUGGCCGGGGGUCUGGCGGCGGGCGCGGUGGGGGGCUAUUUCUUCGGCAAGCAGCAGGGCGAAAGCAUCUCGGAGAAGUACGAGAAGUUCUGGCCCCGGAAGAUCAUGAUGCUCUUCGGCGCGCCCGGCGCCGGGAAGGGCACCCAGGGCCCCAAGAUCGUGGACACCUUGGCGAUCCCGCAGCUGAGCACGGGGGACAUGCUCCGUGAGGCGGUGAGCGCUGGCACGGAGGUGGGCAAGAAGGCGGAGGCCGUCAUGAAGUCCGGGGGCCUGGUGUCAGAUGAGAUCGUGAUCGGCAUCAUCGCGGACCGCAUCAAGGAGCCGGACUGCAAGAGCGGGUUCAUCCUGGACGGGUUCCCCCGGACCGUGGCGCAGGCCCAGGCCCUCGACGCCAUGCUGGCCAAGAGUGGGGAGGCGGUGUCCCUGAUCGUGGAGUUCAACGUGAACCCCUCCGUGCUGGAGGAGCGCAUCUGCGGCCGCUGGAUGCACAAGGCCUCAGGCCGGUCCUACCACGUGAAGUUCCAACCGCCCAAGUCCAUGAAGAUGGGCCCAGACGGCAAGCCGGUCCCGGAGACCAUGAAGGACGACCAGACCGGGGAGGCCCUCUACCAGCGCUCAGAUGACACUGCGGAGGCCCUGAAGAAGCGCCUGGACGGCUACAAGAACCAGACUCUCCCAAUUUUGGACUACUACAAGGAGAAGGGCAUCGUGAAGAAGGUGGAUGGUGGAAAGAAGAUCGAUGAGGUGUGGAAGGACGUGUGCUCCAAGCUGGCCUCGAAGCUGGUGCUGGGAGACUACCGCGAGGCCAUUGAGAAGCUGUGCACGUUCUUCAGUUCUGGCGACCGUGGCGUGGUGUCAAAGGUGGCGAAGAAGCUCUUGGCGGCCCAGGAUGGGCAGCCUGCUGAGGCCUGGUGGGAAGGACUACCGGAGGCGCAAAAAUGCAUCAGCCUGUUGCAGAACGUCUAUGACCUGAGCUCCAGGAACUCCAACAUCAUGACAGAAGCACAGCUGGAGGAGCUUUGGUUCGGCGUCCUGGGCUUUACUGUCCGCAAGCAGGAGAGCGUGACGAGCAUUUCGAACGAGCGCCGGCGGGCGGGGCUGGCGCUGGUCCUGCGGGAGAUGUCCUCAAAGGCUUAG